CCGCUGUGUGACAGGUGGAGUUCAGUGCUGAGUGUGACAGCGUGACCACAGCCGAACAACCGCUGACUCUCCGUCCUGCCCGCGCGGUGCAAACAUGGCACUGAGCCGUCUGGAGAAGGCCCAGGUGUGGCUUUUCAAAGCGGUCAUGGGGCUCCUCUUCAUGCUGUUUCGACUCUUUUCCCCCAAGGCGAGCACCUCCAUGUCCGGCAAGAAGCUGCCGCCCGUCAGCGACCCUCUGCUGCUUGCCUCCGCCACGCAGCUGGCAAAGAAGAUCCGGAGGAAAGAGGUUUCCAGUGUGGAGGUGGUGCGGGCUUACAUCGACAGGAUCCAGGAAGUCAACCCAUUUUUGAACGCUGUGAUAAAAGACAGGUUUGAUGCCGCCCUCCAGGAGGCGAGCCAGGUGGACAAGCUGAUCGAGGAGGAGACUGGGGGGGAGGAGGUGCUGGAGGACCGGCUUCCUUUACUGGGAGUCCCCCUCUCUGUCAAGGAGUCCUUCGCCCUCCAGGGCAUGCCCUUUACUACCGGUCUGAUCUCCAGGAGAGGAGUCGUGGCCACUGUGGACGCUCCUCCUGUGGCCCUGCUGAAGAGAGCGGGGGCCAUCCCCAUGGGCGUCACCAACACCCCUGAGCUGUGCAUGUGGUGCGAGACCCACAACCAUCUGAACGGCAUCACCAACAACCCGUACGACCUGGAGAGGAUACCAGGAGGAAGCUCAGGUGGGGAGGGCAGUAUUCUGGCAGCGGCAGGCGCUGUAAUGGGCGUGGGCUCAGACAUCGGCGGCAGCAUCCGUAUGCCAUGUUUCUUCAAUGGAAUAUUUGGCCAUAAAACCACUCCUGGUGUCAUGUCCACGGAGAACCAGUACCCUCCCUGCACUGGCAGACAUGGAGAGUACCUCAGCAGCGGACCCAUGUGCCGCUACGCUGAAGACCUGCGGCCCCUGCUCAAGAUCAUGGUGGGGCCCAACGCUCACAUGUUGUCCUUAAACACGAAGGUGGACCUAAAGAAGCUGCGGUUCUUCACCAUCCCUCACGAUGGCGGUUCUAUGCUGACAUUCCCCAUCAGCAAAGACCUCCUGGAGAUUCAGAGGAAGGUGGUGCAGCGUCUGGAGGCCGACCUCGGAGUGGAGGUCCAGGAAGUGAGCUUCCCUGAGCUCCGCUACAGCUUCCAGAUCUGGAACACAUACAUGGGUCUUCCUGACGACAAUGGCAAGCCCCCCCAGGCGUUUUCAGAGCUGAUGGGGGAACCAGGACGUCCCGUAUGGCCUGUAUGGGAGCUGCUGAAAUGGAUGAUAGGAAAAUCCGAGCACACCCUGGCUGCUAUCACCCUGGCCCUGAUCGAGAUGACUGCCUCCAAACCGUCGCCCUUCAUCCUGGAGCAGAAGGAGAAGCUGCAGAAGCAGGUGGACGAGCUGCUGGGCACUGACGGGGUUUUCCUCUACCCCUCGCACCCCAGGGUGGCGCCGAAACACCACCACCCGCUCUUCAGACCCUUCGACUUCGCCUACACGGGUAUAAUCAACAUCCUGGGGCUGCCGGCCACACAGUGCCCUCUGGGUCUGAACGAGGAAGGUCUUCCCAUGGGGCUGCAGGUGGUUGCUGGGAAGCUGCAGGACCACCUGACCCUCGAGGUGGCUCUCUUCCUGGAGAAGACGUUCGGUGGCUGGAGGGACCCUGGGGCUAAAUAAGAACCACACACACACACACACACACACGGACAGCCAUUACCAAAUCUACAGCGUGGAGCCGGAUGGUCUGAAGACUGUGGGACUUCUCUGCCGCGCUGCUUGCUGUAGUUCACACAGAGGUACAAUCAGAUCACUACUGGGAUGUACCAAGAAGCGUCAGUCAUCUUUUAUCAUUUUCUUUGUUCAAAUCAGGAGCACAAGCUUUAAAAAAAAAAAGGUAGAUUUUCACGUGUGUGAACGUUCACAUUAACAUGCAAAACAAAGCUGCCGGUGAUCGGGUCUCUGUGUUGUUGAACAUCAGGCCCGUGCAGAUACCUACCUCUCAGACAGUUCAUUUUCCCUAGUCUGUUUCUUUGUCUGUACAGUUACACGUACAAAGACUUAAUUCUACAUUUCGGAUCAAUACAAGUCCACCAUUUGUAUUGAACAGCGUUGAGUGUGUCACCGUUCUGAUUGUGUGUAUGCAUUAUGGAGCUGUCAUGACACUUUCCAUCACAGUGGAGGAAAAGUUAUAAAAGGACAUUUCUUUGACUAUCUGACUGCAGCCAUGCUCUCACACCUGUGUAGAAGAGACUUUGUUUAAAAUAAAACUGAGGUAGGUAUGCUAAUAAUUAGAGUCUGGACCGGGCCGUCACAAUGUUUGAUUGCAGUGAGAAAAUCUAAGGUGUGUGGUUAUGUGAAUGUCACAGAAUAAUAACUGUGCCUGGUUUAUGCUGCAUUUCAUUUGUUUCUUUUGAUUAAACGUUCAUUUCCUUUUUAACUUCA